AUCCAAAGAAGCGGCAAGAUGCUGGACCGUAUCGGCAAGGUCGUCGCCGACAUCAUCGCGCGCUGCAAGUACGAAGGCGUCCUCGUCUCCGACACGCUCGCUGCGUUCAUCUGCCGCACGAUUGUCCAAGAAGACUCGAACGUCUUUUGCCUCGAUGGUGACAUUGACGCUGCGGGGCUCGCGGAACUCACGAAGCGCAGCGUCGACAUGCUCCUCCGGAAGGACUCGCCGUCGCUCGAGACGAUCAAGAUGCAGCUCGACUUUGACUUGUGCUACGUCAAGCACGAAGAAGACGUGGAGAAGGCGGCGGCAAUGAAAGAAAAGAAAAUCGCCAACUUGCACAAAUCGAUUGUCGCCCUCCAGCCGUCGGGCACGAGUGAUUUUGAGGCGCUCACGACCUUGUAUCGGCAGAUUUUCACCAUGCUCAUGGUCCACGCAGACGCCGACAAGGCCAACGACCGCACCAUUGAGCGUGAAGUGGCCGCUGCCCUCGAAAGCGUCUUUCCGCGCAUUGGACUCAAGUCGUUUGUGAGCAUGUCCCCCGAUGACAAAAAGUUCCAACUCAAGGAGCUCGCCAAUAUUGUCGGUGGUAUCCGCCUCUUCAACAAGGAAAUCGGCAAGGGCGGGGCCGGCAUCGUCCUCUCGAUUGACACGAUUCGUGACAACGUCGCGUCCAUUUCCAAGAGCGUCGCGCUAGAAGUCGACGAGGUCAACCAGAUUUGCACCGACUACACCGAAGUGUUGCUGCACAUUCAUCACUACAACGCGCAGUCGGCGUCCGGGGUCGCCAACCUCAAGCGGUGGCAAGAGGAGCUCAACAACAAGCGGCAGUUCCUGUCGUACAUGCAGUCGCUCCACGAAGACAUUGACGUGUCGUCCGACAAGAUUGGCCGCCUCGUCACGUCGUUCGAGACCGAGCUCCACACGCUGAAAUCACUGGUCGGGUCGCGCACGUCGCUGCCCAAAGGCCAAGUGUACCCGAUAUUCGAAGCGCUUUCGAAAGCGUGGGACGAACUCGAGGUCGAGCACCAGCUCCUCCUUGCCCGGUCCCGGUCCAUCAAAGCGUUGAUGGAGUUUAAGGAUUCGUACACACGGACCCUGGGGCAACAGUCGGAAUGGAUUCUCAAGGCCAAGCGCGCGGGCAUGCCGCCGCAGGAAGAGUGGUUUGAGCACAGCGAGCCCGACAACCAAGCGUACCUCGUGAGCUCGGCGUCGACGGCAAGCCACAAGGACAGCGCCGCGACGGCGCACGGCGACGCGAGUGCCGCCGUCGACAACGUGCCGAUUCGCAUGUCGGUCGACUCGACGCCCGAAUUCAUGCAGCUCCCGCUCGAGUACCAAGGCUACUGCCCGUGGACGAUCGUGCAGCGCGGCGGGUUGCUCUUGCCCGGCGAUCCGUCACUCGGCGUGAUCCAGUACCACAAUGCGUACCACGUCUUUGUCAACGAGCGGGCGCUCAGCGACUUUAUGGCGAGUCCCGACACUUACAUUUCGGCGGUGCACGCGUUUGUGGUCCAUCGCCCGGAGCUCAUUUACCUCCUCCGCCUCCAAGAGAGUUUUCCUGAUACGUCGAUGGCGAGCUUGAUGAAAUUGCUCAACAACAAGGCGCAUGUGCACCCGCUGCUGGCGCCCCACGCCGUCCUCAAGGUCGAUGCGAGCACGAGCACGCCCGUGCAUUUCGUGGAGAAGAACAUUGACAGCACGUACGACUGGAACGAGUGGAGCCUUCGACGCCGUGCGCUCCGCGUGGCCAAUCUGCGCAACUGCAAGACGACGUCGGCCCAAACGACGCUAAGCAACUUUCGCUCGGACGUGGACGCCCAAGUGUGGCUCCCAGCCGAGAAUGCGACGCAGACGGGCACGGACCGCGGUACGAACCCGACCAAGACGGUCACGUACUUUGCGGGGCUUCGCGGCGCACCGUCGGGGUUUGCCACGUCCAAGUACGCCGAAGAAAAAGGCGCCGACGACGACGGCAAGACCAACGACGACGAGCAGGACGAGGCCAAAGCGAGCGACGCCAAAGAGACGCCUGCGAUCCUCUCGUAUACAUUUGAACUCUAA